UCUGCUGCUAUUUUCAUUAAUAAAAAGUUGGUGACUUUGACAAGACGUUCCAGUGCUUAAGAUUCAGUAAAAAGUGAAAAGUUAUUAAACUAACUGCGCUGUAAGCAAGAGGGAAGGCAAACAUGAAGACAUUCGUAGCCAUUCUUUUGGCAAUCUGUGCCUGCAUUGUAGCAGCAGAGGAACUGGAGAGCAGGCAUAAUUUCCAUAAAUUACACUACAGUCAGCACCAGCAAACGGUAGAAGAGGCUAAGAGGAAAAUUGGAGAUGUAGUGUCUGAAUUUGAUGGCCAACACCAGGCCUCAUUUGAAGAAGUCGGCUCCUAUGGUGGAGUUGGUACAGUCGGACUUUCAAGUGGUAGUAGCGGCUACGGUAGCAGUGGCUAUUCCAGUGGACUUUCCGGUUCAUCUGCUCUAUCAGGUCUCUCAGCCGCUGAACUGGCCAGUAGCUCAUCUUUCGGCGCCUCUAGCAACAGUGCUGCUUCAUUUGGUGCCAGUCACUCUGCAAACUUUGGCAGUUCUUCAUCGUUUGGUGCUGGCUCGAAUUUUGCUAGCGGUGCUAGCAACGGUGCCGCUGUUGUGAUACCUGUCACCUCGGGUGGUGCAUCAAGCAGUUUCACAGAACAAACUGAAAAUGUACAGCAGCAAGUUAUACCUGAAAUUAUUGUAUCAGGAGGUGGAUCGGGUGGCCAUGAGAGCUAUGUACACCAUGAGGAACGUCGCACUGAAAGCCAGCCCGUCAUUACUUACAGUGCGCCUGUUGGUGGUGCCCAGAACUACGUCCACCAUGAGGAGCGUCGCACUGAAAGCCAACCCGUCAUUACUUACACUGCACCUGUUGGAGGCGCCGAGAACUAUGUUCACCACGAGGAACGUCGCGUACAGUCUCAGCCCGUCAUUCAAUAUACUGCACCAUCUGGUGGUUCUGAAAACUACUAUCACCACGAAGAACGUCGUGUACAAGCCCAACCCGUCAUUCAAUACACUGUGCCUAGCGGUGGUUCAGAGAAUUAUGUGCAUCAUGAGGAGCGUCGCGUUCAAAGCAAAGCAGUACCUGUUAUCCAAUACACUGCCCCAUCUGGUUCUGAGAACUAUGUGCAUAUUAAAGAGGAACGCAUCCAACAAGCUGCACCCGUCCAAAUUGUUGCUCCCUCCGGUCAAGAGUCGUACGUUAAAUAUCGCAAAGUGACCACUUCGGCACAACCACAGUUGAUCGUACCAUCUGUCGGUGGCUCCCACUCAUCAUACCUUCAACACUCAGCUUCUUCAAACGUAGCUUCGCAACUAAACAAUCUGUUAAGUGGUGCAUUGACUGCUGGUCAAGCAUCUCACGUGGGUGGAUUCGGCGGUCAUUCCGCACAAAGCGAUUUCGGCUCACAGAGCCGUUUCGGUGUUCAAAACGGAUUUAGAGCUCAACAUGGUUUUGGAGCCCAAAGCAGUUUUGGAGCAGAAAAUGGUUACAGUGCUCACAGUGGUUUUGGUGCUGGCAGCAAUGCCGCACUUACCCAGGCUUCACAGCUUGGUGCUGGUUUUGGAGCUCAAUCGAAGUUUGGCUCCCAAUUCGGAGCUGAGUCUAGUUUUAACUCCAAAUUUGGUUCAGCCUUUGGUGCAGAAUCCGCAUAUGGUGCAAAUUCAGGCUUAUCUUCCGGUGUCGGAGUUGGCGCCUCGGGCUUACAUCAUUACAUUUCCGAGUCGGAGCGUUUGGCAAAGGCGCAAGCCCAAGAUAUUGGUGUUGCUGGUGUUCGUACCGGUGGUAGUCAAUUGGCUGACUUGUCAGGAGGCUAUGGCAGCAAUCUUGGUCUUUCAGCAAAUGUAGGAGGCUCUGGCGGUGGCUACAAGACCAAGUCUUGGGAGAAGGCUUCCAAGUGGUCCUCACAGUCUGAGUUUGGACCCGACGGUCAAGUUAAAAAUUACAAGGAACUUUCAACAGGCGAAAGUGAGAACUACGAUAUUAAUGGCCAGCGUAUUGGUUACAAGGCAGCCACAACGACCCUCGACGACAACGGAAAGGUCAGCAGUUACACCCUUCACACAUAAAUCCUACC